AACCUGAAUCUCAGUGUUAAUCAUCUCUGCCACACCUUGUCGCCAUCGCUAGAUUCGAAGGUUUCUGUUUGAGCUCGUGUCGUUUGUAAGUUGAAAUCGUCUAAACGGGAAUUUAGGGUUUUUAUUGGCCUCUGCUUUUCGUUUUCCUUGUACACAUAGAUUAUUUGGAGGGAUUGAACGAAAUGGGUAAGCAUAGGAAGAGAGAAACUGAUUCGGAAGAUGAAACUCCAUCUUCGGCAUCGUCGUCUUCGUCUUAUUCUUCGUACAGCUCCGAUGAGUCCGAUUCGUCUUCUAGAAAGAGGCGGAAGAAGCGAAGGGAGCGGCGGAAAAGUGACGGUGGUUAUGAGAGAGAGAAGCGAAGGAGGAAGGAAAAGGAAAAGAAGAGGAAGAAGAUGGAGAGGAGGGAGAGAAAGAGGAAAGAUAGGAAGAAGAGGGCGAAGAAGAAGCGUGAUUAUGAGUCUGAUUCCGAGUCUCAUUCCGGUUCUGAAUCCAUGUCUGAUCCAGAGAGCUCACGGGAUGAGCCUGAAACUGUGGUGAAGGAGAUGCUAUUGGAGUUCCCUAAUGUUGCCAAUGAUUUGAAACAGCUUUUGAAAAUGAUAGAUGAUGGACAAGCGGUUGAUAUAAAGGGAAUUUCGGAAAGUGCUUUGAAGAAGCGGUUGAAGAAGCUGUUUCUAUCUUUGAAGUUGAAAGAACGUGGGGAUAGAGUCUUUUUGUUACCACCAGGUGCUUCUCCUUCGUUAGAUUUGGUGGGACAUCUUAUAAAAGGUGGUGAAGAAGAAGCUGAGACUGCCUCUUCGAAGGAAACAGAAGCAACUGCUACUGGAAAUGGGAUUGAUGAGACAAAAAAGGGAUUGGCAGAUGAAAACGUUCUGGCAGCAGAUGAUGUUGCUGGUCCAAAGAAAAGGGUGAUUGGACCUGCAAUGCCAUCGGCUGAGCUACUUGCUGCAGCGGCAAAGCUAACAGAAGCUCAAGCUGAACUCAGAGAAGCUGAGCUAGAAGAAGAUUCAGAAUAUUUUAUAGGACCUGCUCCACCGGCUGUUGUUGCAGAAGUAGCAUCCUCAAACGAGGCAGAGAGAUUCGAAGAGGUGACACGGAUCAUGGAAGCUGAAGCUAAUAGUCCCUACGAUGUUUUAGGAGUGAAUCACAAUAUGGCUGCUGAUAAUAUGAAGAAGAGGUACUGGAAGCUCUCUCUUCUAGUUCACCCUGACAAAUGCUCUCAUCCCCAAGCCCAGCAAGCAUUCGUUCUGCUGAAUAAAGCUUUCAAGGAAUUACAAGAUCCAGAAAAGCGAAAAGCAAUGGAUGACAAGAUUAAACUUAAGGAGGAACAGGAGGCAUUUAAGGUUGAAUUACGCUCAAUGCAAGAAGCAGCACAAUGGAGAAGAUCACAAGGUAUAUCAAUGGAAGGCGAUGCAGAGCUGCUGGCGGCAACGGAAGUCAAACCUGUACCUAAAAGAGACGAGUGGAUGACGACCCUUCCUCCUGAGAGAAAGGUCGGGGUGCCUGUGCAGCAAUCAACCACGACAUUUAGCAGAAAUGCUAGAGAAGGACGCGGAGACACUACUGUCUGGACUGAUACUCCUAUGGACAAAGCUGAAAGAGCAAAGAUGAAUUACUUAGAGGCAUACAACAAGGCCACUGCUCUUGCUUCAAACGAAGGGGAGAAUAUGAAAAGAAGCCUAGAUGCAGACCUUGUGGACAAAUACAACAAAGAGAAAAGAUCAAAGUCAUUGGUAGAGAAGCACAGGGAAGAGUCUUCUUCAUCUUCAAGCCGUCUGAAGAAGAAGAAGAAAUCGUCUUCUUCCAGAGAGAAAGCAGAUAAGGAUGAGUGGGUAGGGAAACAUCCGUGGAAGCCAUGGGACCGUGAGAACGAUCUCACCGCUGGUAGACAGAAUGUGAAACUUGAUUCUGAUGGUAUGGCUGAAGGUUUGGCUUCCAAGUUUUCUUCUGCCAGUUUCCAAAGAAGCUUUCUUUGAAGGCGCUUGUUUUUUGGUAUGAGAAAUGUAUUGCAGUAAAUUGAUUUGACUAAUGUAUACAAAUUUGCAUUUUUUUCACUCUUUAAUUUACAAUAGAAAAUCUUGUCUUCAAAAUU